GCCCUUUUACGAGCUCCGUUUUGUGACGCUGUUAUUGUUUGCGGUUGAUAAACAUCUCGCCACUAGGAUGGACUUAAUGAAUACGGAGCUGUUGGCAUUCACGAAAGAUUUGCCGUUGAAUGCAGAGUCUGUAUUCAAACAAGAUUCGAAGCUUGCCGCUGCUAUUGAUAAACUCUGUACUAAUCAAAAGAAAUUAAUGGGCGCAGUUGAAAUAUUGUCGCUUCCUGAACGAAAAUUAGAUUUUGGCGAAGUUCAGGAGCUUUUGAAAGGUUCAAAAGUCGAAAAAGGUGCUCACAAAUCUCUACAUGUCCAUUUGAAGGAGACAAAUGACGAAAGAAGGUUGCUUAUAAAAAAAGUAGAACAAAUAUUGGAUGACAUUAAUAAACGGGCGGAAAGUGGAGAUACACCGAAACUUGUGAUACGGAAUCAGAAACUGUGGAGCAAUUGUGUUUAUGAUUUAGACAGAGUGACGCUAAAAGCGUUUAACGAUGCGAAGAAAACCACACUUUGUUAUGCAAGUGGCAAUGAUAAAACAAGAUUCAACAUUAUUGUGUUUGUGUUAACAAAGGUUCAUGAAUUACUUUCGAAGAACCUGACUGUCACUAGACGAGAGCUAUUCUACCAAAAUGUAAUGAGGCUUCGUAACCAGAGUAACUUGGACUUAGCAGUGAGAGACGUAUGCUGCUUACUGGAGACUCCUCCAUGGACCCUGGGUAUAGUGGCUACGGCCAAAGGUCUGAUCGCUGGACCCCUCACCCUGCAUCUUAGAGACGGCAACGUUGUUGAUUGUAUGGCGCCUGGAGGCGUACUAAUACCACAAGAUAUCGUCGGGAUCAAAGAGUUCCAGUCUACAGCCAAAUACAUCCUGGUGGUGGAAAAAGAUGCCAUCUUUCAAAAACUCUUGGAUGAAGGAGCCUUACUUCGACUGGGUCCAGUCAUCAUCAUAACGGGAAAAGGUUACCCCGAUGUUUGUACGCGACAGUUGCUAAACCGCUUGUGCUCUGAGUUGAGGCUCCGUGCGCUUGCGCUGGUCGACGCAGAUCCACACGGAUAUGAAAUAUUCCUCACUUAUAAAUAUGGGUCAUUGAGCCAAUCCCACCUAUCAUCAUCAUUAGCUUGCAGUUCCUUGGUGAUGUUAGGAGCUCGUCACAGUGACGUCAUGACCCUGGCUCCUAUAGAAGCAAGACUGCCACUUACUGAGCUGGACAAGAGGAAAAUUGUUAAUCUACUCAAGAGACCGUAUUUGAAUAAUAGUCAAAUUGGGGCUUGUAUCAAAGAAGAGUUGACAGUAAUGCUAUCUAGCGGCACGAAGGCGGAGAUAGAAGCUUUAGCGCCCACCGCGGCCGCCCUCUGUGACGCGUACUUACCUGCUAAGAUCAUACAGGGCAUUUACUUAGGAUAA